AUGAUCCAAGCGCUACUCCUUAUCGCUUCAGUGCUCGGCGCCUCGGUAUAUAAUUUUCAGCAUAGUCGAGGUGUAAGCCCACCUCAAACUUUGGAACAAGUUGAUCCGCGUGAAUUUUUUGCUCCUAGAUACGACUUUUCUCCAAUCGUUUAUAAUGAAUGCCGAUGGCCGAUACUAUCGGAAAAGGAGGAUGACAUUUGGAUUCAUCUGAAGAAAAAGCAAAGGCCGAAACGACCCAAUCGUUGCGCAUCAUUGCCAAUAAAUGUUCGAUGGAAUUCGGAGGAAAGAUCAGUGCUUGUGAUAACCGAAUCGAAUGAGACAAGGUGCCGAGCGGUGGACCUUCAACAUCCAGAGAUUAUAGAGCUGGAGCAUGACAUUGAAAGGAUCAUUCCGUUUGAGCAGUUCAGCGUUGAAUGCUUGUCGGAUGAGAUAAUGACUUAUAAGAAGACAUUUGCCAAUUUUAAAAAUUCGAAGAGAGAGGCUCUAGAGGCUCGACCGACACGGCCUUCCAUCGCGAUUCUCUACAUGAACUCGAUGUCGCCUUCAGAAUUCAGUCGCGAGUUUCCACGAACUCUCAAAUACUCCAGACGAAACCAAUUUUUGUUAUAUUCAAUGUUCAAUAAGAAAUAUCAGACUUCACAUGACGCUGAAAUCAAUUCGUUGUUUGAUGUAAAUCUGGGAAAAAGCUUUGCGCAAAUGAUGAAAGAUCAGGGAUGUUUGACAAUGACGAAUCGAAAUGGCACCGGAUUCGAUUACGACAUUUCGAGCUUCGUCAAAAGCGUUCCAUCGGAUACCGAUGAGAUGUGCACCCAGGAGAAUAAUUACACGACGAAACGAUUGCUGGAAGCAUGGGCGGCUUUCUCGAUCUCGAAUGCCCAAAAAUGUCACUUCUCUACAGUAUUUGUUGAUAAUAUGGAGGGUCUUGACGCGAAUUUUAUCGAUUCCUUAAUUGGUCUAAAGGCGCAUAACGUUUUAGACAAUACCAUUGUAAUGGUCCUCUCUGCAGAUGGAAUGCCUAUCAACACGUUUGGGAAUACAUAUACAGGCCGAGUUGAAGAAAGAAAUCCUUUUAUGAUGAUUCGGGUCCCGCAACGAUUGCAAAAAUUCCUCCCCGACCAAUAUUUCCAAUUAGAACAAAAUGAGAAUCGAUUGAUGACUCAUUUGGAUGUUUUUGAAACAUUGAAGAGUUUCGUGCAAAUCUCCAAAGAUCAGCCGAUUAUUCCAAUUGUUGGAAAUGGAGAAAACGGAAUUUCGCUUUGGCAGUCAUUAAUUCCCAGAAAUCGAUCUUGUCUGGAUGCCUAUAUUCCUGAAGAGUUCUGCCUUUGCCAAAAUAUGAGCUACGCUCAUGAAUUAGCUUAUAAUCAAACACAUGAUCUUGCUUUUAAUCUCUAUGAGAAAAUGAGUAGCCAAAUUAUCAAUGAGAAUAGUGGUUGUUUUGACAGGACAACGUUUAACGAGACGAAGGAUUAUGUGAAAGUCUGGACACUUAAUCAGAAGGUUCUCGAAGGCGUUGAAGAUCCUAUCGAAUUUCUUGAAUUUCGAAUGAAGACGCUUACGAAAAACCAGCCGGAAAGGAGAGGACCUAAUUUCUUUAUCACACUCGGCUAUUUCAAGAACUACUUGAAAUCUAACACUUUUCGGAUAGAACUCGCCCAUCCUUAUGUGCUCGGUCAUGCGUCGAUUUAUUGCAUGGCAGGAUAUGUUUCCAGAUUUUGUGACAUGUGCUAUGAAUCGUUGCUGGCGUCGCCUUAA